AUGGAGACCCUGCGUCAACUCCCUGUCCACCUCAUCCCCAAAAGACCCUUUGACGACCUUCUCCAGGGAUUCGUCAUGGAUAUGGACUUUGACCAAGGGGCCGGCCAGUUUCCGAUCACCAGUGUAGCAGAUCUCGAGCUGUACGCUUCCUAUGUGGCGAGCACUGUCGGUCUGAUGUGCCUCGAGCUCGUCUUCCACCACUGCAUCCCCGGCUUUCCCACCCAUCUCUACGACACUGACGCCACGGCCGAGACGGACGCCACCAAGCUGGGUGCCGUCCUGCAACGCCACAGCACAAAAGGACCCACCACCCGCAAUCAGCUCCGUCGCGCCGCCUGCCGUAUGGGUCUCGCCCUGCAGUACGUCAACAUUGCGCGCGACAUUGCCGUCGACGCGCGCAUCGGUCGUGUCUACCUGCCGACGACAUGGCUUAAAGAGGCCGGUCUCACACACCAAGAUGUUCUACGCAGCCCCCGCAGCGAUGGGGUCAUGCAGGUGCGCAAGCGGUUGUUGGACCUGGCUUUUAACCUGUACGAUGAGUCCCGGGUCGUCAUGGUGGAAAUUCCGCCUGCCGCUCGAGCGCCCAUGAUUGUGGCUGUCGAGAGCUACAUGGAAAUUGGCCGCGUGCUUCGAGAUGGUACGGCGGCCGCCAAGGAGCCACAGGAGGCCGAAAGGGGCAUCAAUGGCGAUCAUUUUGCUCUAGCAAGACCAAAAGCAUGUGUCAAAGUCAGGAUGAUGUUGUCAAAGUUACAUGAUGUUGCAGGCAAUCGAGUUGACACAGUGGAGGCAGCGAGUGCAUGGCAACGCCAGGCCGAACGAGCCCUCCUCUCCAAACUCUCGACGCUGACACCCGCCCAAAUCUCCACGCUCCUGUCCGCCCCGCCAGGCACCCUCCCAAGUGCUCCCUCACCACAGCCCUUCGGCGUCCCGCCUCCGCAGAGCCGUCUGCGCCGCUGGACGCAGCGCCUCGCCAUUGCCUUGCUCUCGCUCUACGUGGGCUACGCGGCCGGCGACGAGGUGUCCAACCUCAACCCGACGUUCCGCAGCCUGGCCCACGCCGAGCUCUUCGACGACCAGGACGCGGAGGACGACCUGGCCCACACCGGCGUCCCCCCCAUGGUGGCGCAGACGCAGAACGCCCUGUUCUUCCAGAGGGACUACCCGCUCUCGGUCCCGCUCUUCGACCAGUCCGACCGCAAGGCCCUCUACGACAUGGUGGCCGAGACGGGCGUCGUCCAGACGUCCCCCCUCGACGACCCCUACGACACGACCCCGCUCUGCUGGCCCGCCCACGCCGAGCUGCCGCCGCACCUGCGGCCCGCGCACCUCGUGACGGGGCCCCUCGGCAACGACAAGGGCCUCGGCUUCGUCCACCAGGUCUACCGCGACCAGCACACCGGCCAGCUCUCCCUCCUGCUCACCUUUGGCUCCGGCACCCAGGGCUUCCCCGGCGUCGUCCACGGCGGCGCCAUCGCCACCGUCAUGGACGAGGCCAUGGGCCGCGUCGCCGUCCAGGCCUUUCGCGGCGGCGCCCCCGUCACGGCCAACAUGGACGUCCGCUACGUCGAGCCCCUCAACCCCUACACCCUCGUCGUCGUCCGCAUGGCCCCGAUGGACGACGCCGCCGCCGCCCGCCAGGACGCCAAGGUCCGCCGCGCCAGGAUGGUCAAGCCCUGGGAGCAGGCCGACGGCUGGGAGCACGUCGAGCGCCCGCGCGAUGCCGCGGCUGUGGCGGCUGCGGCACUGGCGACGACGCCGGUGGGCGCCCGCGGCGGCGACGUUAAGUCGUCCGACGCCGCACGGGAAGACAAGGCGCGCAAGGUCUGGGUCGUGGCACGCAUGGAGUUGGCUGCAACGGGCGCGUUGGUCUGCGAGGCCACGGGACUCUUUGUCGUCCCUAAAGGCGUGGACCUCAAGCCGGUGGACUGGCGAUGGUGA